CUCACUUUCCUCUACACCUCUGGUCGCGGUGCAGCUGCGCCUCGUGUCGGCGAACCACUUUUUAGGAAUCGCUUCUCCUAAAACUUUGGUCUUGAGAUUGAAUGCUAACAAUUUGCAGUUUUCACCGAAAUGUUGGGUACUGUAAAGAUGGAAGGACAAGAGACCCCAGAUUGGAGCAGCUAUUACAGUGACGCGCAAGAGGUGUACUCAUCUGUACCGAACAGUGGUAUGAAUACAGGACUGGGCUCUAUGAAUAGCAUGAACGGUUACAUGGGUAUGUCUACCAGCGGAAAUAUGACACCCAGUUCUUUCAAUAUGUCCUAUGCCAAUCCAAGUCUGGGUGCCACACUUAGCCCCGGGACAAUGACAGGGAUGCCCCCGAGCGCGACGAGCGCGAUCAAUGGGAUGACUAGCGGCGUAUCGGCGAUGGGCGCCGCUCUCAGCCCCACGAACAUGAACGCCAUGUCCGCUCAGCAGGCUUCCAUGAACGCGCUGACCCCUUACUCCAGCAUGAGUCCGACCAUGAGUUCAAUGGCGUACGGGCAGCCCAGUCUGAACCGGGUGCGGGACACUAAGACUUUUAGAAGAAGUUACCCACAUGCAAAGCCGCCCUAUUCGUACAUAUCUCUAAUAACCAUGGCAAUCCAACAAUCGCCGAGCAAGAUGCUCACACUUAGCGAGAUAUACCAGUGGAUAAUGGACCUGUUUCCCUAUUAUCGGCAGAAUCAACAGAGGUGGCAAAACUCCAUACGGCAUUCGCUGUCGUUCAACGAUUGUUUCGUCAAAGUUUCCCGGUCGCCCGAUAAACCAGGAAAAGGCUCGUAUUGGGCCCUGCACCCAGAUUCUGGAAAUAUGUUUGAGAAUGGCUGCUACCUCCGCAGGCAGAAGCGCUUUAAGUGCGAGAAAAAGUUGUCUACGAGCAAAGGAUCUGAUGGCAGGAAAGAUCAGUCCAACGGUUCGGGUUCGCCUUCUGACAGUGCAAACAAUAAGGGUGGACAUAUGGACUCCAGCUCCAUCUCCAGUUCGAACCAGUCAUCUAGUCCUCAUAGUUUGGACCACUCGAGCGGCACCACAGUUUCUGAACUGAAGAACAGCGGCCCGCCAGUGCACCCAGUGCCCAGUUCGGCCACUGUCUUGUCCUCCAUAUCCUUGCCUCCGCAUUCGAUGUCUCACGAAUCCCAGCUGCACCUUAAAGGAGACCCACAUUAUUCUUUCAAUCAUCCGUUUUCCAUCAAUAAUUUAAUGUCUUCUUCAGAGCAGCAGCAUAAACUGGACUUGAAGGCGUACGAGCAGGCUUUGCAGUACUCCUACGGGUCAGGCAUUUCUUCCAGUCUGCCGCUCGGCAGUGCCACAAUGGCGGGAAGAGCCUCCAUGGACCCUUCUGCAAUAGAAGCUUCUUACUAUCAAGGUGUGUAUUCGAGACCUGUCCUUAACACAUCUUAGUUUCCUGUUACUUCUACCGUACUGAAGGAAGACAGCAGAAAAUAUUUUAUUUUGCAUGCACUUGGUGCAUAAAGACUGUUACCUUAAUGUAUAAGAAUGCUAAUGUAUAAAAUAAAAUAUACUGUAAAGUGUGCCAUUUGAAUGACUGUAUAUCCCAGCUGGAAAUCAUUGCAAGUGUUUUGGUAGUGUAUUUAAUUAAAACAAAUUCGAUCUUGUAUAAUAAUGUUGUAUUCCCCCGAACCUGUAGUCGCCACCACGAAUCUUUCCGAUAUGUUACAGUGCGCAUGAAUGAAGGUCACUAAGGUUUUGUGGACUGUCAACGUAAUACAGGUAAAAAUGUAAAAAGAAAAGACAAAAAAAAAACAAAUCCUCUGCGACCAGAUGUUCCGUUUAUAGAUGUUGUCAUUUUACUCAUUGCUUUGGUUUUAUUUGCUUAGUUUUGACAUACACAUUUAAACAAUUUUGUAUAUAUAAAACGUUCAUCCGCAGUGAAAUGCAUUAUUAUAAAUAAAACGCAUUUCUAUGUGAAGCAAUUCCCAAGUCUUCUGUGAUAUUUUAAGUGAAGCGCAUUGAGAGUUAUUCAACUGCUUAUCUGUUAUCUUUUCCUGUUUACUCUCGUGCCAUUUGGGUUGCAUAAUUUAUUUCUUGGUAAUUUUUAAAUAAAAGAUCAAAAGUAUCUUGAUUUACUUUUUGUAAUUUCUGGAAAUAAUUCCAAUCGAAUCCGAAACAAUGACGUAUACAGAAAUCUUACAUUAUUUG